ACGCUCGACGACCGGCCACCUUACGGCCCUCCUCUCCCCGGUGCUACGGCAUCUUCGCCUCUUUAGCUCGUCAGGGACCCGGCCGGUACUCGGUAACGCAAACUGAUGCUUCAGCAGUAAAGGUAUCUUCACAUUUUGAUGAUCUUCUGGUCGUUUGUGGCUGGUGUUGUCACAUUCUACUGCUCAUUGGGACCAGAUUCUCUCUUACCAAAUAUUCUUUUCACAAUAAAAUAUAAACCUAAGCAAUUAGAACUCCCAGAGCUAUUUCCCCAUGGUCAUAGCUGCGCUGUCUGUGGCAAGGUCAAAUGCAAGAGGCACAGGCCUGCUUUGCUUCUAGAAAACUAUCAGCCGUGGCUGGACCUGAAAGUGCCUUCGAAAGUUGAUGCAUCCCUCUCAGAGGUACUUGAAUUGGUGCUGGAAAACUUUAUUUAUCCGUGGUACAGAAAUAUUACUGAUGAUGAAUCCUCUGUGGAUGAACUGAGAGGCACGCUGCGUUUUUUUGCAUCGGUGUUAGUUCGGAGAAUACACAAGGUGGAUGUCCCAACUGUUGUAACAAAGAAAAUGCUCAAAGCGGCAAUGAAACACAUAGAAGUAAUAGCCAAAGCCAGGCAGAAAGUGAAAAAUGCAGAGUUUUUGCAGCAAGCCGCUUUAGAAGAGUAUGGACCAGAACUCCAUGUUGCUUUGAGAAGUCGAAGAGAUGAACUUCACUACUUAAGAAAACUUACUGAACUACUUUUUCCUUAUAUUUUGCCCCCCAAAUCAACAGACUGCAGAUCCCUGGCACUUCUUAUAAGGGAGAUCCUGCCUGGUUCUGUUUUCCUUCCCUGUAUGGAUUUCUUAGCUGAUCCUGACACUGUCAACCACUUGCUGCUGAUCUUCAUUGAUGAUAGUCCACCUGAGAAAGCAACUGAGCCUACUUCUUCGUUGGUUCCAUUCCUACAGAAAUUUGCAGAGCCAAGAAAUAAAAAACCAUCUGUCCUGAAACUGGAGCUAAAGGAGAUAAGAGAUCAGCAAGACCUUUUAUUCCGGUUUAUGAACUUCCUGAAACAGGAAGGGGCAGUCCAUGUGCUGCAGUUCUGCCUGACUGUAGAGGAAUUCAAUGACCGAAUUUUGCGACCAGAACUAUCAGAUACUGAGAAGAUGGCUCUUCAUGAGGAAGUACAGAAAAUUUACAAAACUUAUUGUUUGGACGAAAGCAUUGACAAAAUUAGAUUUGAUCCUUUCAUAGUAGAAGAGAUUCAAAGAAUUGCUGAAGGUCCAUAUGUGGAUGUUGUGAAACUUCAAACUAUGAGAUGUCUUUUUGAAGCUUAUGAGCACGUUCUUUCUCUCCUUGAGAAUGUUUUUACUCCCAUGUUUUGUCACAGUGAUGAGUACUUCAGGCACCUUUUAAGAGGAGCAGAGUCACCAACACGGAAUUCAAAGUUUAACAGAAGUAGCCUGAGUUUGGAUGACUUUCGGACUACGCAGAAAAGAGGAGAAUCGUUUGGAAUCAGCAGAAUAGGCAACAAAAUAAAAGGUGUUUUCAAGAGUUCUGCAAUGGAAGGAGCUAUGCUGCCUAACUAUAACUUAAAUGAAGGAGAAGAUGAUUUUAUUGAGGAAGGCGUUAUGGUAAUGGAAGAUGAUUCUCCUGAGGAGGCUGUUAGUACCCCAAAUACACCCCGCAACCUUGCUGCAUGGAAAAUCAGCAUCCCGUAUGUAGACUUCUUUGAAGAUCCUUCCUUGGAAAGAAAAGACAGAAAGGAGAGAAUUCCUGUAUUCUGUAUUGAUGUAGAAAGAAAUGACAGAAGGGCAGUUGGUCAUGAACCCGAACACUGGUCUGUCUACAGAAGAUACCUUGAAUUUUAUGUGCUUGAGUCAAAGCUAACGGAAUUUCAUGGUACGUUUCCUGAUGCACAGCUUCCUUCAAAGAGAAUCAUUGGCCCCAAGAACUAUGAGUUCUUAAAAUCCAAGAGAGAGGAGUUUCAGGAAUAUCUGCAGAAACUUCUGCAACACCCAGAACUAAGUAACAGCCAGCUUUUAGCUGACUUCCUGUCUCCUAAUGGAGGAGAGACCCAGUUUCUUGAUAAAAUGUUGCCUGAUGUGAAUCUUGGUAAAAUUAUAAAAUCUGUUCCAGGAAAGCUGAUUAAAGAGAAAGGUCAGCAUUUGGAGCCAUUCAUCAUGAACUUCAUCAAUUCCUGUGAAUCUCCAAAGCCUAAACCAAGUAGGCCAGAACUUACCAUUCUCAGUCCAACUUCUGAAAACAACAAGAAGCUUUUCAAUGACCUAUUCAAGAACAAUGCAAACCGAUCUGAGAAUACAGAAAGACGACAAAAUCAGAACUACUUUAUGGAAGUGAUGACCGUAGAAGGAGUGUAUGACUACUUAAUGUAUGUUGGUAGGGUAGUUUUUCGCAUUCCUGACUGGCUGCAUCACCUCUUGAUGGGAGGAAGAAUUCUCUUCAAAAAUACAUUGGAACUGUACACAGACUACUAUCUGCAUUAUAAGUUAGAACAGCUAUUUCAGGAGCACCGUUUGGUUUCUUUGAUAACACUGCUGAGAGAUGCUGUGUUCUGUGAGAAUACUGAACCUCGCUCUCUCCAGGAUAAACAGAAGCGCGCAAAGCAGACUUUUGAAGAAAUGAUGAGAUACAUUCCAGAUUUAAUAGGCAAAUGCAUUGGGGAAGAGGCUAAAUAUGAAGGCAUCAGGCUUCUGUUUGAUGGAAUGCAGCAACCAGUGCUCAACAAGCAGUUAACUUAUGUUCUCUUGGACACUGCGAUUCAAGAACUCUUUCCAGAGCUCAGUAAGUGUUUCAGAAAGCUACCUGCUGAGGAGGGAGUUUUGAUGCUACCUUCAGUCCCAAACAGCAGAGCUGAGAUCUGGGCUCUCCCUGUCCCAUGCAACUGAAGCUGAUGAGGGAGACAGAGAAGGAAGAUUUACUGGCCCAGAUUUCAGUGGAGGAAAGGAAGGAAGGAUCUUUCAACCAGGAAUUCCAGCUAUUUUCCUCUUUUAGACAUAUCAAGAGUAUAAAACAAAACAAAGUACUGCCUUCUGUGAUCUUUUAAGGUGGGACCUGUUAGUGAACAUAAUAGGACUAAUGAUGGACUGAGUGAGGCAGCUGAAGAAGGAUCAGUAUGAAAAGACAAAUGCAAGGUGGAAAGAGAGAAUAUGGGUAAGGGGGUAGAUGUUUUCCAUCUGGAGCCCAGAAUACAGAAAAAAGAAAGGAAGAAAAAGGGAGAACUGGUUGAUUCCGAGGUGGGAAUCACACUUUAAUUCCCUUUCCCCUCUGUUUCUGCUCUCCAAGAAUCACUAUGAACUGACUGUGAAGACAUCUGGGAAUAGAACUCUGUUUCCUGAGGACGUUUAAAAUGACUAGUUCGUAUUUAGUUAUCAGUUAUAUUUCAAAAGAUCACUUCAGUGGCCAUCCCUUCUGCUCAACAGAGACUCUUCCUUUCUGAGCUACUUGUAGUAAAAUGUGUUCAUAGUUACAGUAAAGAAUAGACAAAUAUUUCAGACUGGUCAGUAUUUAAAAAGAAAACCGAGCAUCCCGGAAUUUUUUUUUUAGCACUGCUCCCCUCAGCGACAGUAACUGUCAUGGGGGAAAAUUUCUGUUAGUGGGGAUGUCAGCCUGCUUUCCACUGGAAUGAAAAGAAUGGGUUGUAUUCCUGCACGAGAUGAUUUUCAAGAAUGCUUUUUUGAAGCAUUGUCGUUCAAAAAAAUACAGUAUUGGUAUUUUGUUUUUGAAAAGAUUAUCUGAAAUGGUCAAAAACCAAAGCUUUUAAGUAUGUUUUAAGAAUCUGCAUGUUUUGUAAUGAUGCUUCCAGGUAAAGUCAUGUGGUAGCUAUUUAUCUCUUCUUAUUAGCUGCUACUCAUUAGAUCUGACAUCUUAAAGUUAUAUCUGGGUACACUUAACCAUUAUGUAUAUAUAGGGGAUCAUUUCAGAUGUGCUGUAUUUAACUGCAGCAUGCAUAAGCACAGAGGUUCUAAGGAGAAGAGGUGGAAAACAGUGUUACGUAAAUUUUGCUUGUGAUACAAUGUACAACCACACUCUUGGAAGUCUGUUCAGACAAGAUAAAAGGAAAAGGGACAGCUGAGACAGGAAAAGCAUUCCUAGCAGAGGAAGGAAAGAAAUACUCUUGAAAAAUACCAUGCUAAUGCUUUCAGAGCAGAAAAUUGAUUGUUCAGAAAUGCGUGUCAGGCAGUUAGGAACAGGGAGGGGAGAACUUCUAGAGAAAGAAGAAAAUACCUACUUUAAGAAAUAGUAAAGCACUAGCUUUCCUUUCUGUUCUUUCCGAUUUCUGGUGAAUGUUUUCAAGCAUUAUUAAUCACUGCAGCCUAACUCAGUUGUUUCUAUGUAAAUACACAUUUUCAUUCUUAAGUCAAAUUUCUCUCAACUACCAUUUGACAGGGCCCGAAGGAAGCUAGCUCUGUGUCAUCUUGGAUGUGAAUGUGAGGAUCUUGCUGAACACCUAACAGAAACUUCUGCUGUGCGCUAACAGAAUGUAUAUGUGAAAUUUUAGCCUUGCAUUGUAUAUUUUCUUGUAAAUAUGAUAAAUUAAGCUCUAAAAACCUCUUUAUGCAAUAAAGACAUUAAAAUUUAAUAUCA